CCAGUGUGUUAGCAGCUAGGCAGGACUGUCUUUUACCUGCGCUGUCGACGUGAUUAUUGCACAGGACAGCCUGCAUGACUUCAUUUUGAAAUACUAACGUUUAUCUCUGGGUCUCUCGCCGUGAUUGAAUUGCCCCCCCGCUGCCUCCGUGAGCGUUUUAAAGGAUUUGAAGGAUGAUGGCUCUUCCCCUCGAGAUACGCGUUUUUAUCUUGUCUCUGGCGGCACCGUUUGUCCUUUACACAGCGAAUAAUAUCUCUUCACUGCUAACGCCGCUGGCUAUACUGGGACUAGAAGGAGCUAUUCUUAUCACUGUUUUCUUCAUGGCCUACCUGUGUGUUCAAAAUGAAAAGACAGUGGAUCCUCUCUUCUACGUAUUUGCAGUGUUUUCUUUCACCUCUGUUACUGACCUCCUGGCUGCCCUUGAGCAGGAUGGCCAUAUCAAAGGCUUUAUGGCUUUCUACAUUAAUAAGGGUGAGCCGUACUUGAACACAGCCUAUUGCAUUAUGAUGAACUACUGGAACGGAGUGGUGCACUUUGUCCUUCUCCUCAUGAUUGUCCACUGCAUGCGGAAAGGGACACCAUAUCGGAGUAUAGCUCUAGUUUGGGCUAGCUCCAUGAUAGCCACUCAGAUCGUGUUCAUUCCAGGAAUAGUCAUAGGAAAACAUGCCAAGUCCAUCUAUCCAGCCUUUUGGCGCAAUAUCCUUUUCUUGGUCCUGCCCAUAUGGGCAGCUGCGAAGCUGUACAACAGGCCAAGGGAACUGCCCAUCAUUCCGGCAGACAAGGUUGAGGAGGAGCAGAAGAAAGGACCAUUAUCUCGUCCCAAAGAACUUCUCCUCACACUCUGUCUGCUUGGAGCCAUGGCCUUCAUUGUUUUCAGAGGUUUUGUUGCUCUUGAGUGUGCGUUGGAUAUCUGUUUCACCUACAUUUACCAGUUCGAGCCUUACCUGAAGGACAAUGUAGCCUUUUCCAAAGUUAUGAUGUUGGUCAUCCUCUUCUAUGCCUUACCCAUGAUAAUGGCAUGCGUCUAUGGGCUGAAUAUUCCGGGGUGCACAUGGAUGCUGGACUGGACUUUACUCCUUGCAGGGGCCAUAGCUCAGACUCAGUGGGCCCACAUUGGCGCGUCAGUGCACUCCCGAACCUCCUUCACGUACCGCAUCCCUAAAGAUGAGUGGAGGCUGGUCAUGACGCUUAAUGUGUUGUUCAUGGCUGUUCCUCUGCUGCUGGCUCUGCACGUCUACAGACAGCCAGCCUUCUUCAUGAAAACGGUGCCACCAGGACAAGCCAACAAUGACAAAAAGCGAAAGUAGACACGAUACAUGUGCAGAAACCACUGUCCAGGCCACACAAAGACUUGUGAAAUUACGGACCCAAACACCAGUGACAGCAAGGCCUUUGUGACCACAUUUGGAUAGGACAAAAUCAUUUUUCCUUACAGGUGUAUCACAUGGAUCCCGUGUGAUUAAAAACAGGAAAAUACUUAUACUACUGAUUGUGUGAGGGUUCUGGAGAGGGUAGAUCAUGCCUUCACAUUGAUCCAUCUAUUAGUAAGUGCUAAACCUGCACCCUUAUUGGGUUUUUCCAGGCACACAAAGUUGAUGGAACUUGCCUCUUGCCUCCUCCCAAGUGCCUCUUGUCUCAGACUAUUGGACUCAGAUCAACAUCAUUCUUUUGGAGCAAAGCUUAUCUCACCAUUGAGAAUGAGUCAUUUGAUGAAAUCCAGACUUAGACAGACUCUGGACUCUGAACACACACGUUUCUGCCCACACAACUACAAGCAUAGAAUUACUUCAUACUGUUAGUCUUUGAAGACAGUUUACAAAAGGGAAUUGGGUGCUGACUCGCAGUGUCUAUUGCAAAGAUGUCUUAAGAAUCAAGUUUUUCUAACAAACCAUUGUAAGAUACAUAAAAUAGGACUAUUUCAAAAAAUGCUUUAUCCAUUUUUUUGUUGUUUAAAUUAUCUUUAUUAUGACCCUUUUGUUGUUCUUGCUUGUUUUGUUUGUUAAGAUUUAAAUCAAAUUACUUGAGGAUGAAGACAACCGUAAACUAUUUCAGUGAUUAAAAACAAAAAAACCGAACCUUCAGCAUCUGGAAGUGCGAGACCAAAGCCAGCAAGUCUUAUUUAUGGGUGUGACUUUCCUUGAUAUGAACCCUAGUCUAGUCUUGUGAAAUUCACUUUAUUAUUCACGUUUCCUCAGGUUCAAAGACACAAACUAUUGGAGACUUGGGCCCAAACCCAUUCAGGGUUGUUCCAUUUUGCAGAGAAAGAUUUCAACCACUACCCCUUGUAAGUUCUAAGGGGCAAGAUGACACUCCAAAACAAGGGGUAGGGGUGAAAAUAAGAAAUGGGAUUGGGCUUUAGAGAUUAGAUUCUCAUUAAAGAGGUGUGACUUUAGCUUAUGACUUUAAAUAAGAGCUGUAGGAGCACAUGGCCAAUACAACCCCCCAUUUUGUUGCCUUGCCAAGCCCCUGCCUCUUGGCUGUAUGCCUCACUGAUGAUAUCAUGCAGGCCGUGGACUGAAUGAAACUACAGUUGGCCUAGUGAACUCUGACCCGGUUGCUUGCUCUUUGACAAAGAUAACCAGGGAAUGUCUGUGAAGUUUUGCAACAGUGCUGUUAAUCAGAAACUGGCCUGUCACGGAGUGGCUCUUGGCAGAAUGGAGAUUAAUGAAGUCAUUUCGGUGAAUGUAGAGAUAAGCUAUUAAGAGGUUAGGUGGUGUCAUUAUCAAGCAACCGGUUUCAAAAUGUCAUUAAAUGUGUGCCAGACUCUUAGGAAA